UCUUCUAUAAGAAGUGUUUCCGAUUAGCUUUAACAUUUGAACAAAAGAAAAACAUGUAUUUAUUUUAUUUCUAUAUUAAAAAUUUAUAAAAGUAAAAAAAGUAUUUACCAAUUGUUCCGCUAGUUACCAUGACAACCGUGACAGUGUCUUUACAAAAAAGUUGAUAACCCGUUGAUAAAAUGAUUUAGCGUUAAUGAGCACGUAGCUAGCUAAAUAUUUCCAACUUGUACCGUCAGCAGUGUGCCACAGGAGAGAAAAGAGCAAGACAAUUUGCAAGGAAAGAGUGGAGAAGGCUAUAAAGAAGUGAUGAGUGUGAGGCGGCAGGGCCUGAUGCAGCAGGGCUUUGAACACAAGGAGGGAGAUGGUGAUGCUGUGAGCUGCAGCACUAACACCUCUAGGUGGUCCUCUCCCUCCAGACUGGGCUGUGGCUCUAAUAGCUCACACUACUCACCUGACUUUGAAGACCAGGCUGACUCACUUACAGACAAGAACCCAGAAGUCAAGACAUCAGACAAGUGGCAGUCAUCAAAAACAUGCAGAAGAAAAGAAGGUAAAAAAGCACAAGGAGCCCACAGUCAGAAGACAAACAAAAGUGCAAACCGCCAAGUCCUGAAGUUGGCUCCGAUCAAGCCAAUGCAGGUUUUAAAGUCUGCCGACUUAAACUGCAUCAGCGAGCUGAAGAGCCAGGUGGGGCAUCUGCAGCAGCAGCUGAGCGAAGCCACGACUGAGAACAAGCUGCUGAAGAGGCUCCAGCUUCGCCACACGGUGGCACUGAAGCACUUCCAAGACUCUGAGGGCGGCCUCUCACAGAUCCUCACCAAACACAGCAACGAGGUCCGGGUCCUACAGGGGUUGCUCCGUGACACCCGUGCCUGCCGUGACAAUCUGUCAAAGCAGCUACAAACCACAGAUAAUAAGUUGCUAAGUGCAAAGGCCAGUCUCAAGCACCUACAGCUGCUCAGCCAGGAUCACAGCCUGUUGGAGAGGGAGGAACUCACCUUCAGACUGACCAGGGCCUAUGCAGAACUGGAGGACAAGGACAAGAGGAUUUUGGACUUGGAGAAGAAACUUGAGUUGUGCCAUGCCUCAUUCAAUCGCCAAAUAGUCACUGAAGAAAGAAAGACCAACGAGGCGAGAAAGAUAUCCUGCUGUCUUCAAGAGCAAAUAUAUCAGCUAAACAAGGAAGUUCAAGAUAGAAAGAGAAAACUGGAAACUCACAAUAUUUACUCUCACAGAUCUUCCAAAACAGGCAGUGAAAGCAAGGUUCAAAAAGACGGAUUAGUCCUUCUCCCCACUGCGGCUGCAAGUCUUUCGGAGUUUGAACAUGUGACUGAAGAAAGGCUGGAGGAGCAAGAGAGCUCUGUGAACUGGUCUUUGGUAAUAGAAAAGCCAGAGGCAGGGGUGUCUGCAAAUGUCACAUUAGAAGAGAAUCGCCAAGAGUGUACGGAGACAUGUGCAGAAACCAGUGAGCAUGGUAGUUCUUCAGAAGUGAGCCCAGAAUAUCAAACUGAGGGUGAAAGUGACGAAGAAAAAGAGGCAUCAGAGGCCCCACAGGUGGAACAUGAGAGCGAAACAUCAUACAUUUUAAAAGAUUCUCUGAAUGCAACUAAACCCAAAAGAAAAGGAUACAAGCUCCCCAAAAUCAGACACAACUACACCUUUAAACAAUCUAUUGAAAACCUGCACAGUGGAAGACCUGCCUACAGCCGUGUGGACUUGAGUCCCUGUCAAAGUGCCAAGAGCCUGAUCAAGUUGGAGACCCUCAGCAGUGGUAUUCAUGAGCUUUGUCUACAAGCUGGGAAAUCCAGGGUAGAUGGAGUCUGUAGCCCUCAGGACAAGUAAAAUGCAUUCA